AAUCACUAAAAGAGAAAAUGGCUGAAUUAAAGACUAAUUCAUGUGAAGCAAUAAUUUUAGAAACAACACAGGCUCGGCGAGUCCUAAGAAUUUACUUGGAAAUCGGUAAUUCGGGUGACAAGGAGUAGAGUCAGUAGAGCCAGACAUGGUCCAGGUACUAUCCUGUCACCACUUCAAGUCUCAGACGGUCGUGAGCCCAAGCCAUGAACCUCACGUCAUCUUUGCGUCUGGGAAGCACCUCUUUGUGGCGACAUCCCAGCACACGGUGGAGGUUUACUUGCUGGAAGGAUCCGAAUGCACUCUCGUCCAGACGGUCAAGACUAUUGGGCUGGCAUGGAAGGGAGCGUUCUGUGUACCAGGAAAUUACAUACUCCUGCUGGAAGACGAAGAUGGCAAGUUUAACAACGUGAGAGCCUACUUCAACUGGGACCAAUGCAAGGAUACAGACAAGUUGACCAAAGCUCGAAUAGCCGGAUCAGGUUCUCCGGUCAAAAAUGUCCAACAGGGACCACAAGCGCAGUGCUUGGAGGUGGUAGAAGUACGCCCCAAGCGACAUGUGCAGUGCUUUGCUUGCUGCAACGAGAAUGGCAACUUGGUCUUGGGCAUGCGAGAUAUCAUCAGCAUCUACAGAUUGGUGGUUAAUUCCAGCCAACGUGACUUUCAGCACUUCGUUGAUAUCGUUGUUGAUGGUUUCAAGACGACGCACGUCGAUAUCUGCGGCGCCCAUUUUGCCUUUACGUCAUCUCACGAAGCCCACGUCCUGCAGAUCAACUCUCAGAAGUUCCGCAUCUCUUGUGCUGCGUUGCAUGCUGUCCCAGCUGAUUCCGCAAGUGGAAAAGCCACAGGGUCAUCUAAGCCACAGGAGGGUAAGUCCCACGCAUGCAAAUCCGUGCUGGAUGCUGUCACCGACUCUAAGCCUCCAAUGCCGGACAACUACUUCGUCACUGAUUCUCAUUUUACUGAAUGGACUUUUGAAGCCAGGAGUGUGACUGUGAGACCCUCCGAGCCUUCGGGGGCGACUCACAAUCGCAUUGUUCUUCCAAGUAUUCUGGACGAGGAGUACCUCAAACAGAAGGAUGGUCCUGCGGAAACCCUUGGCCCAGUCAGCAGCAUUCCUGGCAUAGCACCGUUCAAAGUGAGACAUGCUCAGAAGGCGAAGUCAGGAAAAAGGUCAAGCCCAGAGAAAGUGCCAUCCUACAUCCAUCUGCUCUACUGCAGGUUUCCCAAUGCAGAGGCAGGCCUCAUGCUUGCACAACUCCUGCCAACCUACACCAAAGCCCCUUUUACACUAGAGAAAGCUGCAUCUGCGCAAGCACGGACGUCCGAGGCGUUCCAGAGUCGGAAGCUCCUGGGCAUGUGCUGUCUACUCAGCACCCCCAAGCAGGGCCUGGUCUAUGACAUCACGGGCCAAGUCAGCCCUCUCUCUCGUUACCUGUACACAGGGGAGGCUGUAUCUCUGCAGGCUGGAGAGGAUUUCCUGUAUGCUGCUUCCUCCAGCGGCCUGGAGACGUAUUCCCACAGAGUGAGUGCAGCAGCCAUCUACAACAAAGAGACGUUCGAUGGCCAGUCUAAUGCUUGCCCAGAUCCCACCACAGACAUCUGCCUGGUAUCACUGCGACCAUUCCUCAGUGUUCAGAAGGUGGUGUCAUGUGACAGUCAUGUGAUUCUCCUGUGCAAGGCACCCAAUGACGAGGGGGAGGAGUCAAGCAGUGAUUGGAGUGUCUAUGUGCUUCAGAAAGCACCAGCCUCUGAUCUCCUCGACGACAUGAUCGAGCUAGCGACAGGUUUCCGCCAAGCCAGCGUCUCGGCCUACCAACACCUUAUCACAGAGGCCCAUCUCAUGAUGCGAUCCAAGAUGCUGCAAUGUUGCCAUGGUGAUGAGGAGGAGGAGGAGACUGGUGAACGCGGAACAAUUGAGCACCUCUAUCGUGAGACGAGCGCUCUUCUUGGUCAGAUACAUGCACAGUCUCCAAAUGCCACAGACUGGUCGCUGGCUGUCCCGUACCUGAAGAUGUCAGAACACUCUUUGUCCAAGGUGCUAGAGGCGAUCACUGGUGCCUUCACCCAACCUUUCAUACCGAAGGAUCAUCAGCUAGGACCUGGUUUAACCAGCUUUCUAGAUUCCAAGCUCUUCCCUCGAGGCUCUACUGAAGAGCUGAUGGAUGAGGUGAUUGCCCAGCGUAUAGUUGAUGUUUAUUGUCAUCUGGCCCCUUCACGCUGCUCACAGCUUUUUCUUUUGAGCGAGGUCAAAUGUCAUAUGAGUCCGCAGAAGAGAUUGGAAGUGCUUCAAAAGUUGAAGCAGCUGCAAUCUGAGAAUAGCUAUCAGUGGUCCGCAAGUGAUAACCUAGCCAUGAUCCUGAUCAAUCUAGAGUUAGGAGAGAUGGAACAAGCCAAGUUCGCUACCUCUUGUCUUACUCCAGAUGAAGUCUUACAUCUCAUCCCGGCCAACUCCAGUCUCAUCCUAGAUUCUAACAGACAAUUUACUGACUUUGCCAGGCUUAUAUGUAAAGAAGCAAUGGAGUGCAUGGUAGAAGUGUUACUCAGUCUCCUAGAUCACGAUCAACUCACUCUCAAAGAGGCUACCUCCAUUCUAAAGGAAUACAACCCUGGUUCGGGCACAAGCUGCCCACUGCUGACGAGAUUAUUGGAAUUAGUGAUGUGCUCUGCAAAAUGGCAACACCUUUACCCUGAAGCUAUGCAAGAGGUUGUUCCUAUCUACCUAUCUCAGUUGCUUCAUUCUGAUCAGCCUUCAAUGAUGAACACGUCCAGAGCUUGUCGACGUACGCACGCACAUGUGCCUCAGGGUGAUGGCUGCUUUGCUGGAAGAUUCAACUGGCUGAACAAACUCCCCCCAUUCCAAGGUUCUUUGAGGCAGACCUGCACGGGUCUAGAGCAGAAGGCCAGGUCCUGGAGGCUACAGCGAGGCCGGAGUGGGUCCGUAACCCAGCCCCAGACGCCCACCAAGAGCGGGGCUCCUUGCCCCUGCUGCUGCUGCAAUGAAGUCCUCAUGAGACUACAGAGUCUACUCUGCUCAGAGCACCUGACUGAUGAAGUAGCGUUGUACGUCAUCGAUGGGAUAGAGGAUAUGAAGGAAUGCAGGGGGAAGGGAUCGUUGCAGCUUCUGUGCCAAACAAAACUAGACACAAAAGCUGCCCUGUCUGUGGUGAUACAGGAGUACCCUAGCAUAGCGGUGGAGUUCUCGAGCCAUCACUGCGGGCACCGGGAGGACCUGUGGUCUCACGUUCUGGUCGAACUUGUCAAGGGACUGGAAGAGAAGACUACCGAUGGGAUGGAGACUCGCAAGGCCGUCUCGCUCCAGAUGUUGUCAGGUGUACUCGGCUACCUGGUUCAAGAGCUGGAAGCGUCGGCUCUUCUUUCCCUUCUGCCCUCUGACCUCCCCUUGACCCUCACUAUGCCCUACAUGGAGAGGUCACUGCUCAGAGACCGGGCGAGCAGACUUAGGGAGGAGAUAGUAGCAGCGGGAAUGGAAAGCAUUAAGGGUUGCUAGGGAGAGAGAAGGCAUGGGAGGGGAGGGGAGGAGAGAGAGAGAGAGAG